CCCCUAAACUGUGCGAUAACUAGAUUUACCAUUAUGAUAAUUGAUGCACACAAUGUACAGCAUUUGUCCUUCACUGUGUAUUUAAGGGAACAGUUGGCUAUACAAUCGCUGCACUCGUAUCCCAAGUACUGCUACAAAGAGUAUCUGUCACUUGUGUUUUCGCACUUGUUUUUCGCGAUAUUUUUCAUUGCAAAAUAUUUGUGUUGGAAAUUAAUUGUGUGUUUGCUUGAAAGUUAAUUUGUUCAUGAUAAUAAAUUUAGUUUAAUACAAAACUACACAAUUUAUAACAAUGGGAGUGAUUAAGAAUCCGGAAAUCAAAUAUACCCAGCUCUUCAUAAACAACGAGUUCGUAAACUCCGUGAGCGGUAAGACCUUCGAGACCUUCAACCCUACGAACGGCAAAGCGAUCACAAGUGUUCAGGAGGGGGACAAAGCCGACAUCGAUAAGGCUGUGGCCGCCGCCCGCCAUGCCUUCCGACGGAACUCUGAGUGGCGAUCGAUCGACGCCUCCCAAAGGGGUCGACUACUGUUCAAACUGGCGGACCUACUCGAGCGCGACAUCGACUACUUGGGCAGUUUGGAGACACUGGACAACGGCAAGCCAUUUGCCGACGCCCUGUGGGAUAUGAACGCCGCCAUCGCAUCCCUGCGCUAUUACGCCGGUUGGGCCGACAAAGUUCACGGCAAAGUGAUUCCCGCCGACGGACCCCUCUUCGCCUUCACUCGCGCCGAACCCGUCGGCGUUUGCGGACAAAUCAUUCCCUGGAAUUUCCCUCUGUUUAUGAUGUCGUGGAAGAUCGGACCCGCGUUGGCCACCGGUAACACUGUUGUGGUUAAACCGGCCGAACAGACCCCGUUGUCUGCCCUGUAUUUGGCGAGUUUGGUAAAAGAGGCCGGAUUUCCGGCGGGUGUUGUGAAUGUGGUGACCGGUUACGGACCGACAGCAGGUGCCGCCCUAUCCGAGCACAAGGAUGUGGACAAAGUGGCGUUCACGGGCUCGACGGAAGUGGGCAAGAUCAUUCAGGCGGCUGCGGGCAGAUCCAAUUGCAAACGAGUGACACUAGAAAUGGGUGGCAAAUCACCCUUGGUCAUUUUUGACGAUGCCGAUCUCGAGGCCGCCGUACAAACAGCGGUAAGUCUCGACUAUUAG